AUGGCGACGCCCGUUUCUGCCUCGUCAUCUCCAAUCAAAGAAACACCACAAAAUGAGGAUCCCAAAGAGCAUCCCCGAAUGAAAGCAGUUCACAUCAUCCUGAUGAUUGUUAUACUCGCGAUGAGUCUUGCCGCAUAUUCCUCUGUUUUUGGUUUGCACUUCUCACAGACAAAAAUCGACAAAAAUGGACAAAAUGUAUUCGAGCAGCACAAAACCAGUUAGUUUACCACCUAAAAUCAAUUUUUUUCUCAAUAUUUUAUUGAUUGUUUUUUUCAGAGACAAUCGAUUCGGUGGACAGCGCCAUUCGAAUUGUUCACACAUUUCCGGACCUUGUGAACGAUGUUCCAUAUUCUGGCUUGUCGAACAAAAUGUUUGAAACUGUUUCCAAAGAACUCAAUGUUGCUGACAUCAAAAAGGUGAAUUUUCGAAAACUAAAUCUUGUACCUCAGCAAAUAACGUGAAAAAGAUAUACUGUCCGUUCGCCAGCGAAGGAAACGCGGCCAAACGCGCCCCAUUGAUAAACAACACAUUUUUGUGCGGCGGUUCAAACAAUAAUUUUUAAUCGUUUACUGUUUUUCAUGCGAAAAAAGGCAUUUCUACUAAUUGAAAAAUGAGGAAAUUGGUUAUUGUGGAAACUACAGUUGAAAAGGUUUUACCUGACCAUUUUCACUUAAAAUUGGUGCAUUUGGACAGAAAUGGGCAUAGAAAAACUUCCUCAUCGUUUCUAUCAAAACUCUGAGCGAAUCGAUGACUUUUUCGCAUGAAUCUUGAUGAGUAGUUUUCUUUGUCACUAAUGUGCACUUGCAUCAUUUGAAUAGCAAAUUGAUUGACUUGGGGCAUUUUUGAGCAAAUUAUCCAUCACAUAUCGCCAUUCAUUUCAAAAUUGCGAUGAAAACCGCAAAAAUCGCCAAUUUUCAAUCAACAACCUGAAAAUUGCAUCAUUGUCAUAGGAAAUACAUAACUAAACAACUCACAUUCGAUUUGAAUUAAAUUGCGACUCCAAAUCACUCCAAAAAUCGAUUUUAUAACACCUUUUUGAUCGAAACAUCGAAUUUCAUCGAAAAAAUCCAUAAAUCGCUACCAAAAACCAUUUUGUUCGGGCAAACUUGGAAGAUAAGUAUAAUUUGAGUUUUGCCAACUCCUGAAAGCAGAAAAAUUACAAAAUUGCUUCUUUUUUGUUGAAAAACGGAGAAAAAACAAGAAAAAACGGAAAAAAAAUGAAAAAAAUUGGGUCGGCAAAAAAAGCAAACUACGGUAUGUAGUUGGAGCGCGUUUCCUCCGCUGAAAAACAAACAGUACCUUUGGACAUAGAAAAACUAGGGAAAGAGCAGACUUUUUUGAAAAUUUCGGAUGGGAGGGGGUUUAUCAAGGGGAUUAUAUAAUCAUAAUAUGUUUGCAGAUGAAUCAACGUCAAGUGAAUGAACCUGGUUUUGAUCUUUUUGAAGUGGUCGCGAAUCGUGUAAAAAACACUGCGACAUGUCGUCCCUUCGAUUUUGUCAUAACUGACAGAACCCAAUACGUUGGAAUGCUGAAUAAGGCGAUUGAAGUAUACAACCAGCAGCAGGAGAAAAUCACUCAACCAAUUGUUGAGGCUAAAUCGAAGUUCGACAAUUUGACGACUAAUGAAUCGACUCAAAAAGGCAGAUUAUCGAAGAAAAAUAUGGAAGGAUAUUCAGGAAGUAUGACAACGAUGCUGACUGGAUACAAAACAUCAACUGUGAAAAGAGAUGAUUAUUAUAUCAAAUCAUUUAAUAAUCAGAUCGAUUUGCAAAAUUCUUCCAUAUUCCAUCAGCUUAUCUUCAUUAUUGUAUCAAUUUUGAUUGGAUUUGUCUUAUAUGGUAUUCAAGUUGGGACAUUUGUUGGUUUCACAAAAGAAUCGAUUUCCCCAAAAGCCUAUAAGCUAAUCUCGAAUAUUUUGAUAGGAAUUUGUGGAUUUUUCGUGCUUAUUUAUUUGAUUUUCGCUGUUCUCGGAUCAAUUGGGAUGUCACCAUUUGCAUAUCAAUGUGAAUUGCAAGCCGAAACUCAAAAAACUAACUCGAAAUUCCAAAAUUUCCACGGAGAAGCUGCAAACCUUCGAUCGAUUACUUCUGAAUGCAAAAAAGGAGAAACGGUGUAUUCGAAAAUGUCGCCUUAUUUGGAUAACGCCAAAAUCGGAGGCCAUUUGAAUAGCUAUCAAAAAGUUGUUAAAGAAUUUGCAACUACUUUUCCACAACUUAAUUUUGAGCAACUUAGUGUCAGAGAUCAAACGAACGAUAUACUGAAGCAGAGGGAUGAGUAUGUGAAAUUCAAAACUGGCUGUUUGGAUCGUAGUCUAGAAUACAAUGUUGGUACUAUCAUUGGGGAAAUGGAAAAUGCAACAGGAAACUUGGCCACAAUAUCAAAGCGUGUUGAAGAGAUUCCAACUCACUUCAACAAUUUGUCAACAAGCACGAAUAAGCUGAUUGAUGAUUCAUUCGCGGAUUUUCGAAAUACGACUGGAAACGUGGUUAAUUCGAUCAACGUAAGUGGUUUCAAUUCAAAAAUUCAACAAAAACAUACAAAUUACUUUAGAGCCAACUUCAAUCAACCGACAUUAGCUGCCAAAUUGAGAAACCUCCAGAGCUUUGCAUCGAAUACGAACAGAAUUUGUUGAAGAUAACUCUAAUCAAUUGGAUUAUUUUUGGUGGAUAUGUCAUUCUUCUCAUUCAUUCUAUCCUUCUCCAUUGUUUUUCCAGAAAAAUGAUUCGCGAAGUGGAUGAAAGUAAUGUGAGUUUGUUGGUUUUUUGGAGAUUUUCUAUUGAUUAUUUUUACUACAGGCAGCCAAAGAACAAUUGAAAAAACAAUUGGAUGAUGAGAAAAAGAAGACCAAAGAGCAAGCGGACGAAAUCCGAAGAAAAGAGGAACAAGCUGCUAAAGCCGAGGAAAAGCAAAAGGAGGAAAUGCAAAAGAAGGAAGAUGAACUCGAAAAAGUGACGGAGGAAAGAGAUUCUGGCCAAAAUAGAAUUAUUAAUCUUACCGACAAGUUGAGAAAGCAGGAAGGUGAGUUGAAAAGGUUUUGUUCUCAAAAAAAAAAUUAAUUUUCAGCCGCCAAUAACAAAGCGAAAUUGCCAUCAAUCGAAAAUAAUUUUUUUGGACACCCACGUGCUCGUAGUGUCUAA